AUGGACUUGUCCAGCUCUGUGGCUCCUCCGUUAGAACGAUCCGUCUCGCAGCAGAGCGACAUCUCGUAUCGCUCGCACCGCAGCGUCCGCACCGGCAAGAACCGCGCGUUCCUCAACCAUCACCACCUCAGCAGCUCUGCUAGCAGCAUUGCCGAGAGCGACAAGUCCCUCACCAGCUUCCCCAGCUUCUCCCCGGAGCUGCCCGGCAACGACCGCUUUGGCGAUGACGAUGCCGUCCACAACCAGCUCCAUGCCGCCAUUCGCCAGCCCGACAAGACGGCCCGCGUCAAGGAGCUGAGCGGCGCCGCCUCGUCCAUCGUCGACAGCCUGACCUGGCGCAACUCGGCGCGCGAGGCCCUGUUUGAGGAUGCGCCGCUGGCGCAAACCAUCCCCGGUGCGCUACACAAGGCCGACGACAAGCAUCUGGAGCGGCUGAUUUCGAGACAUGGCGCUGUGACUCUGGUGAGGCAGAUCGCGGGCGACCUUGCGCAGAGAGACGCACAGAUAGCAACUCUGCGGCGACGGGCCGAUGAGCGCGAGAGGGCGCUGAGGAAGAUUAUACGCGAGUGCGGGCUGUCCAGCCUGGAGCUGGAGACGAGGCUGCGGGCGGUGGAGACGGAGCUGCGGAAAAAUGGAAACUUCCAAAGGGAUGGAAGUGGACUCAGUGAUUUGAUGAGCGAUGCCAUGCGAGACACGGUGACGGAGAGUGCGUAUGGAGAGACGGGCAUGGCCAGCGGAACGAUUCGCGCGCACGCCAGCAGCGUCACCUCGGCGCCAGGCGGCAGCUCCGACAACGCCAAGGGACCUGGCACGGUCAAGGGAUGGAAAGACUAUCUCUGGGGUGGCACGUCGAAAAAGACGACAUCCAACAGGCCUACCGUGAUACGAUCGCAUUCCAGCCUCGGCCAGCGACCACCGCUGCAGGACGACCUCUUCGAUCCCCCGACCCCGACGACCUCUGGCCCUGCCAACUCCAGCCGGCCGUCUAGCAUACACUCGGCGACUACUCCAGAGCGUAAAUCAAUAGCGAGCUUGACGCUGAGGCUCGUGGCUGGUGGCGCCGUUGCAAGUCGCGAAGCCGAGAGGGGCCGUGCUGCGAGCAGUGCUGCCCGGACAGAGACGGUCAGGACAGGAUCGGUUGCUAGUAACCACACCAGUCGUUCGUCCCGGGCCGUGUCCGUUGCUGGCGGCCCCAAAGCACUCAUGGCCAUGGGAAGAUCUACGCCGUCGACCGCCGCUUCGGCCAGCGCAAAACUGCAAACUCAAGAAGUGCGAGGGAGCGGCUCCGGAAGCUCACCUGGCGGGUCUACUCUGCGUCCGGAUAACUUUGGGCCUGUAGAGAUGGAUGCUAUACUACCUCCAGAGUCUCAGCCUCCGACGCUGACACGGAUGUAUAACAACUACCCCAAUAGCGAAUAUCUCACGGAUCGAUUCGGCUUCAUCUACGACCAGCGGCGCAAGAAGCGGCAGCGAGAGGCCUCGCAGAUGGCCCAGAACAUCCGGAAUGGCGACCGUAGAGAAAUGAUUGGAAAUGGCAACCGGGCAGGAAUCUCGCCAAACACACUGGAUGAUAUGCCGAGCCCCAAAAUGAGCGUGUCCGGCGAUGCUCGGCCGGGGAGUCCGAGCUCACAAGAAGAGAGGACCUCUGGAGAGGAGAAGACAAAGCGCUGGCAAGACUACUUGAAGAUUGCGACGUUUCCCACCGAGUUGCUGAGCCAUACGCCUGGCAUAAGUGCCACGGCUGUGUCUGUGACCGAGGGCACCGACGAUCGGGCCAGCACCACGUCCAGCCAGCGGUUGGUUGAGCGCGCCCGAUCGCCUGCGAUAACGCCGACCGAAUCGGGACUUGUCCCCUUGGCAAGCACCACAACGGCCGUUGACAAUGAAACUACACUCACCCAGCCACCGUCAGAGCAGCAGGAUUCGACUUUUGGAACGCUUGUCAAGGAGGAUGCAGAACCCGUCAAGUUACUUCUUGAGCAGCUGAGCGAGCUGCACGACUCCCUCCAGCGAGAGAGGACUACCCAGUGGAACGAGUUCCUCCGCAAAGUGAGGGCGGAGAGGCACCGCGAGGGCGAGGCCGCCAUAGCCGCAGCUACGGCAGCGGCAGAAGCUCGAUUUGAGAGUCCGGGGAUUAUCCUGCCAGAGGCUCGGGUAACGGACGGCGAAAUGAUUGGCAUCUCUAAUCUGGGCAACAAGGGCAAGGUCGGGCGGGCCAAGUGGAACGGGUUCAAGACGUUGGUGCUGGGCGGCAUCCCCGUGCAGCUUCGCGCAAAAGUGUGGUCCGAGUGCUCAGGAGCAACGGCGCUGCGCAUCCCCGGCUACUACGAUGGACUCGUAUCUCAGAGUGGAGAGGAUGACGACGCCGCUGUGGUGAGCCAGAUCAAGAUGGACAUUAACCGGACUCUGACGGAUAACAUCUUCUUCCGAAAGGGACCCGGAGUGCAGAAGCUGAAUGAGGUGCUGCUGGCGUACUCGCGGCGGAACAAGGACGUGGGCUACUGCCAGGGGAUGAACCUGAUUGCGGCCAAUAUCCUGCUCAUCACACCAUCGGCUGAGGAAGCGUUUUGGAUUUUGGCGUCCAUCAUCGAAAACAUUCUCCCCCAUGGCUACUACGACCACUCGCUAAUAUCCUCUCGGGCCGACCAACAGGUGCUUCGGCAAUAUGUCCGCACUGUGCUCCCUAAACUGUCAGCCCACCUCGACUCGCUCUCGGUUGAGCUGGAGGCCUUGACGUUCCAGUGGUUCCUCUCCGUCUUUACAGACUGCCUGUGUGCCGAGGCGCUCUUCCGUGUCUGGGAUGUGGUGCUGUGUACCAAUGACGGGAGCACGUUCCUCUUCCAGGUUGCGCUGGCCCUACUCAAGCUCAACGAGAGCAAUCUGCUGCAAUGCGACACGCCGGCAGGUGUAUAUACUUAUAUCAACCACCACAUGACGGAACAUGCCAUUAGCAUUGAUGGAUUGAUUCAGGCGAGCGAAGGGCUGAGAAGAGUAGUUAAACGAGAGGAUGUCGAGCAGCGCCGGGCAAAGGCGAUCCAGGCUGAGAAGGACAUGCUCAGUGGCUCGAACCGAGUAGAAGGAGAUGCUGUGUCGACAAAUACAGAGGCGACGGAGACUGCAGACGCUGAUGACGGAGACGAGGAUUCGAGCUGA